AACUAAACGGACGAAUCAACGCUUGUAUUGUAGACAUGACGUCGCGAGAGGAAACAACUUUCGGUCAUGAUUUUGGCCGCAUGGGAGAAAUUUCAAGGCUUCAUUUAUUUUCUGUCAUCUGGUUGUUUGACGGGGUUCUUCGCUUCUUGAUCAGUCACUCCUUCUAGUCCUGCUCCAGUCAUGAGUAAUUUGUGUCUCCCAUAAAGCACAACCCCGUGUGCAGGCUAGCACUUCCCUCCCAAUCCAGUCCGUUGCUAUGCGGAUCUUCCUCCUUCCGCUCACGACGCGUCAAGCCCUCAUCCACUGCCAAAAGGCGGCUCCGAAGCCUGAUGUGAAAUUGAGCAUUCCGGAUCGCGUUACCAAGAAGGCUACCGACACAUGGGCUCAGUGGGAGGCAGCAAAGGGAGGCUGGAGGAAGAUGUUGGUCACCUACGGGAAUCAAGGUCUUCAGCGCAUACCGUACCAGGAAUGGGGCUUGAAGAGCUUUCCUCCGUCCAACCCCAAGCUGCAGGCAGAACAAAUCGCCGAUAACAAGAAGUUUGAUGUCGUAUAUCCGGGAAAUGUCAUGCAUAAGGAUGAUGUCCCCAAGAUCAUGGCGAGACUGGCAAAAGAGCGAAAGCAAUUACACUGGAAUCGCUUCAUUGGAAGCAUGGUAGCAAUGCCUUUCUGCAUUCCGUUUGCCCUGAUUCCUGUGAUACCCAAUAUUCCGUUCUUCUACGCCGCUUAUCGUUGUUGGUCACAUUGGAGAGCUUUGAAAGGCUCCGACCACUUGGACUUUAUCCUGGACCAUCGGUUAUACCGACCAAUCUCCCCUCCAGAAAUUGAGGACCUGUACGAACAAGUGGCCCCGGAUGGCCCUGACUUCAACUAUGUCACGCCGAGUCAAGUGAUGGAUGGCAGCGCACCUCCUGAGAAGACCAUCCUUCCGGCAGACAGUCACGAUCUCGUUGCUAAAACGACGGGAGUUGUAGAACUGAGCGGAGAGGUAGAAAGGGCAGUGUGGCAGAUACAACGGCAUUUCGAGCGGGAAAAGAAGAAACAGGCGCAACAACAACCGGCACAAUCGUCGACUGUAGACGCAACAAAGUCGGAAAAGGCUGAUAAAAUCGACUAGGCUCGUGACGUUUAGGAUCAUGUUGGGAAUUGAUGAACUGGCUGUACCCUAAGGAUUUGGGCUACUGUCGGAGUGUACAACACAAUAGUAAUGAAAGAUACAUGUCCUGUCUAUAUGCACAAAAAACCACUCAUCUACACUCCAAACCACCAGGGUCAUUGAGACAGUGCUUCAUGUGCCCACCGUUUUUACUACUCAGAUCAAAGCAUCCUUCCUCCACUCACAAAGGCCAUAUAUCUAUCUCCGCAGUUUUGCCGAAUUUCAGAACGGCCAUUUACAGGCAACCGUCAACUGCAUCUUUCAU